AUGCCAUUCCUCCUCUCGAGACGCGAGCAAUUUUCCGACGACGACGAGACUAUCAUCUUAGUCGUUGUGAUCUUUGCUAUUGUCGUGGUCGUGAUAUGCAUUUUUGUCGCAUGUAUCUAUCUUUACCGUCGUGCUCGGUCACCACCACCACCGGCAUGUACGGUAGACCCGACAGUCAUGCAUUUAAAAUUCAUGGACAAAACCACUGAAAGGGAACCAAAUUCUAUUUCUGCCGCUAUUCCGGACGGAAUGUGUGGAUAUUGGGUCCCAGCCUUGGCUUUCGUGCCUGAUGUCGAGAAUGGCCUGCAGACAGGAACGUUGAGUGAAGAAGGUCGGUACGAAAUCGUUGGGUGA